AAAAACCAAGGGGGAAUGAAAGUGAACGGGCAUCUACAUUUCCGCCUAAAAACAACCACACAACAAACACACUUGGUAAACACAGAAGCAGCGGAGGAGGACCGGAGGAUACACUCUCGAGAGUCUCGUCCGUCGUCACGCACGCGCCCACUCUCUCUCGCUCUUUCUCUGUCUUUGAGAUUCAGGGGAGCUUGGACUCAAAGGAGUGAAUCAGUAAUGGCAGACUCAAUCACACCCAUCCUUCCUAACAAUCCUAACCCUAAUUACCAGGGCCCAGCAACUGGAACUCUUCCUCCUGCUCCUCCACCUUCAUUGUCACUAGAUGGGUCACCGCCGCCGCCGCCUCCUCCAGCUGCAGCUUCGAGGAGUCCCGUCGUGUUCAGCUUCCCCAAGAGGCCUUCGAUUCGACUCACUUCCGAGUUCGACAGCGACUCCUCCGUCUUCUUCCACAAGGUCUCUUGCAAGCUGCUGGACAGCCUUGCCAAGCUGAAGCUCUCCUUCAGCAACAACCACAAGGGUGAACUCUCUCCGCCGCAGUUGACAUUCGUCUCCAAGAACCUCUCCGUUCACCACAACUUUGAAGAUCAAUCUACCCUCCUCAACGGCUCCGUCGAUGUUGGCCGGAGAUUGCAUUUCCGUGCUACCCAUCAUCUCCAGGCACAAGAAGGAGAGGCAACCGUGGUCGCGAAGCUUGCUGACCCUGGCUAUGCACUUGAGCUCUCUUCUCCUGUUCCUUAUGUUGGUAUGCCGAAAGCUACCCUAAAGUUCCCGUUGGGUGAAGUUUCUGUGGAGGAGAAAGAAGAAGAGGAGGUGAAGAGGAUUUUAUCGAUUAAUGGAAUUGCUAAAAGCCAAAUUUUGAAUGGGUUGUGUACUGCUCAAUAUGCGGAUGAAGAUUUGAAGUUGCGAUAUUCAUACAAGGAUGAGGAGAUGUCUUUUAUCCCAACCCUUUCUCUGCCUUCCAAUGCUUUGUCAUUUGCUUUUAAGCGUCGGUUUAGUCCUUCAGACAAGUUGAGCUACUGGUACAAUUUUGAUUCCAACUACUGGAGCGCGGUAUACAAGCACACAUACGGCAAGGACUUGAAACUUAAAGCUGGUUACGACUCAGAGGUGCGCCUUGGCUGGGCAUCUCUUUGGGUUGGAGAUGAAGGUGGGAAAGCAAAGACGCCCGUUGAAGAUGAAAGUUCAAUUCAUGCUCCAAGUGCCGCAAGAUGACAUUCGAUCAUCGGCUUUGAUGUUCCGGGUAAAAAAGAGAUGGGACAUAUAAUAGUCACUCUGGUUGUGGGAUGAUAUGGUGUAGUGCCCUUUUAUGAACAUUCAACUGCAACUCUGUUGUUUCGAUAUCGUAUAAAUAUGAUAGUGUUGUUUCA